CAGCCACUCACUUGGCAGGCUAAAGCUCGACCGCAGCUCCAACGACUUGAACUCCACACCAUUCUACAUCACUGCGACUGCCGCAACGCUUGUGCAGUGAAUGGACAUCGUAUAGCAAAGGAAACCUGGUCAGAAUGGCAUCCGGCUACGGCUUGACUGGAGGUGUUUCUCGAUGCUUCCCAUUCUGGCAAGAAUACAUGUCCUGUUACGUUAUCAAUCAGAAUGAUCCCGAAGCGAGGAAAAGAGGUGUAUGUGCACCGCGGUUAGAAGACUACUACGAGUGCCUGCACCACAAGAAAGAGUAUGCGCGCACAGUUGCCAUCCAGAACGCACUACGAAAGGCCGAGGCGGCAUCCCCACGCGAAAACGCACCCAAGGUUGGCCAGAUUCGAAGUUUGGGUCUGAUAGGGAAAGAGGAUGAGACCAAGGCGAUACUACAAACCAGCCCAGCAUGAGAGCUAAAGAAGAAAGUGCAACUUUAAAGAGAUAGAUAUGAACAAUCAUGAUGUUCAGGUAGUUUACGGACUGUACAUAUUGACGGGA